GCUGAUUGUGGAGAGGCCCCGCCCUUCCGCACGCGGCCCCCGGCGGCCCCUCCCGAACUCCCGCCGGGCGCUCCUUCCCCGGUCAGCGCUGGAGGGCUGGUGGCCGCGGUCCAUCGGGGCCCAUGGCGCUGCCCGCCUGGCUGCAGCCCAGGUACAGGAAGAAUGUCUAUCUUUUCAUCUACUACUUAAUCCAGUUCUGUGGCCACUCAUGGAUAUUUACAAAUAUGACAGUCAGAUUCUUUUCAUUUGGAAAAGAUUCGAUGGUUGACACUUUCUAUGCUAUUGGACUUGUGAUGCAACUUUGCCAAUCCAUCUCCCUCUUGGAGCUGCUGCACAUCUAUGUUGGCAUUGAAUCAAACCAUCUUCUCCCUCGGUUUCUGCAGCUCACGGAGAGAAUCAUCAUCCUGUUUGUGGUGAUUACCAGUCAAGAGGAAGUCCAAGGGAAAUACGUGGUGUGUGUGUUAUUCAUCUUCUGGAAUCUACUGGACAUGGUUAGGUACACGAAUAGCAUGUUAUCAGUCAUAGGAAUUUCCUAUGCUUUCCUGACAUGGCUCAGUCAGACACUGUGGAUGCCGAUUUAUCCUUUGUGUGUUCUUGCUGAAGCAUUUGCCGUCUAUCAGUCGCUGCCUUACUUUGAAUCAUUUGGCACUUACUCCACAAAGCUGCCCUUUGACCUGUCCAUCUACUUCCCAUAUGUGCUGAAACUAUAUCUCAUGAUGCUCUUUAUAGGUAUGUAUUUUACCUACAGUCAUCUUUACUCAGAAAGAAGAGACGUCCUCAGCGUCUUUCCCAUCAAAAAGAAGACACUGUGAGCAGCAUUCCGCUGUGACGUAAGGAAAAACAGGCUGUGGAUUCCGCCGCAGAAACACCACAGGAAGCGUGCUGGUGGGGGAAGACCGAGCGUGUGACAGAAAUCCAUGAAUGAUCUCCUCCCCGGACACCUCAGCAGCCUGUUUUGGAAAUAUAAUGUGUGAGACCCACAGACUCUGAACCACCUGUUUCUCCAAAGCUGUGGAUUUCAUACAGGUUAAGUUUGUAUUGUAUGAAGCCUGAUAGUUUCCUGUAAGGGUAAUGAGAAGUAGAUUAACUGGAGUAGAUUCAAUUAACCUGAGAGACCAAAGUUGUUAAACCACAUCUAUUUCUUUUCACUUCCGAAUUCCCCUGUAGCAGCAGAUCCACAGGAGGGAGCGCUGUGAAGUAUGGUCUGCAGUGUCCACAGUAACAUUUUGUAGAUGUCACCGUUCCCAGAGGUAACACUCGUCAGACACACUUACAAAAGAAAACCAUUUUCCCAACCCUGACAGACCAUUAAUAUCACACAAGUUAUCUGGGCUUUGAUGCUGUAAAGCAGGACCCUGAUGCAAACAAUAAAUACACAAAUAACGCCCCAUAUUCCUUUAAAAAAAACAGGUCACAUAUACCUUACAUUGAGAUAAAAGCUAAGAAAAUUAAGAACUAGUCAUGUUUCAUAUCAUUUCUUACUGAAUUACUAUUGCUAAUUAUUCUAACGUUAUAAGUCAUCACUUAUAGCUUUGAAAAUUGAUCCUUUCUUUGAAGAUUUAAAAUAUAUAUGAAUAACUGAUUAAUGGAAUAAUUUCUGAAUCACUGGAAUAUCAUUUGCUUUUCUUGGAAGAAUUAUAGAAUCUUAUUAUCCAGCAACUAUAUAAAAAGGGUACUUAAUAUUUUGUUACAUAAAAACCAGGUAGUAAAAAUGUAAUUACAAAAAAAGAAUAAUUUUACACCACUAAAUAAAACAACCGAGCACUAAAAGAUAAUUUGAUAUCUUUAUAAAUUUAAUGUCAGAAUUUUAAGUAUUAAGAUUAUCCUUUUUAAAAAGCUACAUUUAUUUUGCUUUUAAAGUUGCUUAUUUUACUCCUAAAUUAAAAGUUACUUUAGUGCAAAUAUUCUCUUUAUAAAUUGUAGGUGACUUAGUCUAGCUCCCUCCCAAUAAAGAUGGCCACAUAUAUUGCUGAAAUAUACAUCUAGAAUUGCUAAAAUGAAGUUAAAGAACUAGAGAAACUAUACUUUACAAGAAAUUAAAAUUUCAUUACUAAAUAACACUUUAAUUUUUAAUGUAAAUUAUCUGAAGAACCUUCCUACUUCUUAAACUAGAAGACCAAAAAGAAACAAGUAAAUUUAUAAUUAUGGUAAUUUUGAAACAGAAAUAAGGAUUGACAAUAAUUUGAGAUAUCUGCAGCAUUUGUAAUUUCCUAUGGUGACAAUUGUUAUUAUUGUGGUUGGUUGCUUAUAUUAAAAUUGAAAUACUGAAUUUUACUAGAGAUUAGUGAAAAUAAGGAUGUGCUUUCUUCUUCCACUCAAGUUCAUGUUCCCCAGGUUAAGAAACCAAGAGAGUAACCAUCUAAUUAAUUGGCUGUUAUCAAGAUUGAGAAGUUUUGACUGUGUCCAUCAAAUCUCCAUUGUGUUUUGUUCAGUGUGGUGAAAGAGUUUCUCUAAUGUAAGAACCAUUUGGUAUUUUGAAAGCAUAAGAUAUGACUUCUAAAUGAUCUUUCUUUGGAGUUUCAAAUGCCAAGUGAAUUACCUGAAGUUCUAAUAACUUAAGCAAAGAAACAGUAAUCACAACAACAGUGUCUCUGGUGCCAAAAAACCAACAAUAAAACUACACCCAGUCACACUGCUGUGGAGAAUUUACUCCAUCACUCAGCAAAAAAUCUACUAAAAUAUACAAGGGAAACCCACGCACGGAAUACCAGAGUCCUGAACUUUUCCUUCAUCAAAGUAGUUGUAUACAAAGCAAUGACAAACUUCUUCCCAACAUCUUCGUUCAGUUCAUUUUACUGUAGUAUGCUUGUCAAGAAGCACUCCUAUCCUGGUCUUAGCUUUUGAUUCUAUUCUACCUUAGUAGAGUGAGUUGAUCCUGAGUCGGCUGUGUACACAUGCCUAUGUACACUCAUAUUGUGCCUACAAUGUACCAGUCACAGGUCAACACGAUAAAACCUUUACCAAGUUUGUUAUUAAAGAAGGUACCACAUCUCACUGAAGUCCCUAAGAGAGGGGGUAACUUUUUUUUUUACUAUACCAGACUCUGCCUAUGAAGAGCAAAUUGUCACAUAAAAUAAUCUUUCUUCCAGAAGUGUCUGAAGUAGCUAUAACAUCAAGAGCUAAAUAUUUAUCUGGAGAAAUGUACAUUUAUUUAAAAUUUAUGUGCAAAGACAACAUAGUUACAUUUUGUUUCAUUGUGCUAAAGUAUUGAAGUGAUUUAAACAAAAACGACCUUACCUUUU